UUGAGAAUGGAGCCAGGGCCGGCUUAGGGCAUGGGGCAAGGGGGCGUGGGCCCCAGGGCCCAAACAGUUUUUAACAAAAAUAGUAUGAAAGAGGGGUCCAAUUUUUUAAAAAAUAACUAGGGACAGGGGCCCAAAAUUUUUAAAUUAUUCAUAUAUACAUGUAAAAAAAAAAUUUUGCCCAAGGGCCCACUAUUAUCUUGAGCCGGCCCUGAAUGGAGCUUGCAGAGAUUGGAAAAAGCAUGGGGUCGAGUUUCAGGAGCAGCUCCUCAAGAAACGAGGAUGAGGCAGAGCAUGCUCUGCAGUGGGCUGAGAUCCAAAGAUUACCUAGUUUCAAACAACUGAGAUCAUCUCUGGUCGAUGAAGAAGGGGAUGAUGUGGAGAAAGGGAAAAGGGUCGUUGAUGUCACCAAGCUUGGAGCCAUGGAACGUCGUCUGAUGAUUGAGAAGCUGAUCAAACACAUUGAGAAUGACAAUCUCAAGCUGCUCAAGAAAAUUAGAAGAAGAAUAGACAGGGUUGGUGUGGAGCUUCCAAGCAUAGAGGUGAGGUAUAAGCAUCUAAGUGUUGAAGCAGAAUGUGAGGUCGUUGAAGGGAAGGCGCUUCCAACUUUAUGGAAUUCUUUGAAGCACAUUUUCUUAGAGUUGGUAAAGCUGAGUGGUGUAAGAACACAUGAAGCCAAGAUAAGCAUACUUAACGAUGUUAGCGGCAACAUUAACCCUGGAAGGUUAACACUGCUGCUUGGUCCUCCUGGAUGUGGAAAAACUACUCUGCUCAAGGCUUUGUCCGGAAACUUGGACAAGAAUCUAAAGAUUUCUGGUGAAAUCUCUUACAAUGGACACGGUCUAAACGAGUUUGUUCCUCAGAAGACAUCCGCUUACAUAAGCCAACACGAUCUGCACAUUGCGGAGAUGACUGUUAGGGAGACAAUAGACUUCUCAGCUCGUUGUCAAGGUGUUGGUAGUCGAACAGAUAUUAUGAUGGAGGUCAGUAAAAGAGAAAAGGAUGGUGGAAUCAUUCCUGACCCUGACGUAGAUGCUUACAUGAAGGCUAUAUCGGUUAAUGGACUUAAAAGAAGUCUACAAACAGAUUACAUCUUGAAGAUCCUAGGGCUUGACAUAUGUGCAGAAACAUUGGUUGGUAAUGCCAUGAAAAGAGGCAUAUCUGGUGGUCAAAAGAAGCGUCUUACUACAGGAGAGAUGAUCGUUGGUCCAACAAAAGCUCUGUUUAUGGAUGAAAUCACAAACGGCUUAGACAGCUCCACAGCGUUUCAGAUAGUUAAGUCACUUCAGCAGCUGGCUCACAUCACCGACGCAACUGUGUUUGUUUCCCUUCUUCAGCCUGCUCCAGAGUCAUAUGAUCUCUUUGACGAUAUUGUCUUGAUGGCUGAAGGAAAAAUAGUUUAUCAUGGUCCAAGAGGCGAGGUCUUGAGGUUCUUUGAAGAGUGUGGGUUUAGAUGCCCAGAGAGGAAAGGUGUUGCAGACUUUCUACAAGAGGUUAUAUCUAGGAAGGACCAAGGACAGUACUGGCUGCACCAGGACAUACCCUAUACCUUUCUCUCAGUAGACGCGUUGUCCAGGAGAUUCAAGGAGUUAGAGAUUGGGAGAAAGAUUGAGGAUGCUCUCUCUAAGCCCUAUGAUAAUUCAAAAACCCACAAGGAUGCUCUCUCUUUCAGUGACUAUUCUCUUCCAAAGUGGGAGCUGUUCAGAGCAUGCAUCUCAAGAGAGUUUCUAUUAAUGAAGAGAAACUCUUUCGUCUACCUCUUCAAGACGUUUCAGGUUACAUUCUUCGUUCCUUGUGUCUUCUUUCAAUGUUCUAGGGUUAGGUCUAAAGAAACCCUUCUUGCCCUUUAUGUUUUGCAGCUUGUUCUGUCAGCAAUCCUCACUAUGACAGUUUUUAUUAGAACACGUAUGGGUGUAGAUAUCAUUCAUGGAAACUCUUACAUGAGUUGUCUCUUUUUCGCAACCGUUGUGCUUUUGGUGGAUGGUUUGCCAGAGCUGUCUAUGACUGUUCAACGUCUUGCCGUGUUCUACAAGCAAAAGCAACUUUGUUUCUAUCCAGCUUGGGCUUAUGCAAUCCCUGCAACCGUGUUAAAGAUCCCUCUCUCUUUCUUCGAAUCUCUCGUUUGGACUUGCCUUACUUACUACGUCAUUGGAUACACUCCUGAAGUCUCUAGGUUCUUACGUCAGUUCAUGAUGCUCUUUGCUGUUCACUUCACAUCCAUAUCCAUAUUCCGAUGUAUAGCUGCAAUCUUUCAGACAGGAGUUGCUUCAAUGGCAGCUGGUAGUUUCGCCGUAUUAAUCACCUUUGUGUUCGCCGGUUUCGCCAUCCCAUACACUGAUAUGCCAGGGUGGCUGAAAUGGGGAUUCUGGGUGAAUCCUAUAGGUUACGCAGAGAUUGGGCUCUCUGUAAACGAGUUUCUUGCUCCGAGAUGGCAGCAAAUGCAACCAACGAAUGUUACAUUGGGGAGAACCAUACUUGAAAGCAGAGGACUGAACUAUGAUGAUUACAUGUACUGGGUCUCAUUAUGUGCCUUGCUGGGACAGACUCUCCUCUUCAAUACUAUUUUCACUCUAGCUUUGAGUUUCUUGAAAUCUCCCACUACAUCUCGCGCUAUGAUCUCCAAAGACAAGCUCUCUGAGCUGCAAGGAACAAAAGAUUCAUCACUCAAUAAGAACAAGAAGGCAAUAGAUUACACAGAAGAUUCAGGUGAAACAUAUAUGUCUUUCUUGUCAUACAAGCAAACUCUUUAUUCUCAGUUUAGCUUUAUUGACCUAAUUCAUUCAGCAGGGAAGAUGGCCUUACCUUUUAAGCCUCUCACCAUAACAUUUCAAGAUUUGAACUACUACGUUGACGUUCCUGCGGAGAUGAGAGUUCAAGGAUACAAUGAGAAGAAACUGCAGCUUCUCUCAGAUAUCACCGGAGCUUUCAGACCAGGCGUUCUAACAGCGUUGAUGGGGAUCAGUGGAGCCGGAAAAACAACUCUACUCGACGUUCUCGCCGGAAGAAAAACAAGCGGAUACAUCGAAGGAGAGAUCAGAAUCAACGGAUACUUUAAAGUCCAAAAAACCUUCGCAAGAGUCUCAGGCUACUGCGAGCAAACAGAUAUACACUCACCAAACAUCACCGUCGAGGAGUCUCUAAUCUACUCAGCUUGGCUCCGUCUAGUUCCAGAAAUAGAUCACAAAACCAAAAUAAGAUUCGUGAAGGAAGUUCUUGAGACGAUAGAGCUGGAGGAGAUCAAGGACGCGAUGGUGGGAGUCCCCGGCCAGAGCGGGCUGUCGACGGAGCAGAGGAAGAGGUUGACGGUGGCGGUGGAGUUGGUGGCGAAUCCUUCGAUCAUAUUCAUGGACGAGCCGACGACGGGGCUGGACGCAAGAGCAGCAGCCAUUGUGAUGAGAGCUGUGAAGAACGUUGCGGAGACUGGACGUACCAUUGUGUGCACUAUUCAUCAGCCUAGUAUCGAUAUUUUUGAAGCCUUCGACGAGUUGGUACUUCUGAAGAGAGGAGGUCGCAUGAUUUACACUGGACCACUUGGACAACAUUCUUCUCAUGUCAUACAGUAUUUUGAGAGUAUCUCUGGAGUUGCUAAGAUUAAAGACAACUACAAUCCAGCAACAUGGAUGCUAGAGGUCACUUCACAGUCUGUAGAGAUUGAACUCAACAUGGAUUUUGCAAAAAUCUACAAAGAAUCUGCUCUCUACAAGAGCAACUAUGAGCUUGCUCAGGAGCUGAGCAAACCGGAUCCCGGGUCAAGCGAUUUACAUUUCGAGAGAACUUUUGCGCAGAGCUGGUGGGAACAGUUCAAAUCUUGUCUAUGGAAGAUGAGCUUGUCUUACUGGAGAAGCCCUGCUUACAACUUGAUGCGAAUCUUUCACACUUUAGUCUCUUCUUUGAUCUUUGGUUUACUCUUCUGGAAGCAAGGUCAAAAGAUAGAUACUCAACAGAACUUGUUCACAGUUCUUGGAGCCAUCUAUGGCCUUGUGAUAUUCUUGGGGGUAAACAACUGCACUUCAGCUUUACAGUAUUUUGAGACAGAGCGUAACGUUAUGUACCGCGAAAGAUUCGCUGGAAUGUACUCUGCCUUUGCCUUUGCACUGGCUCAGGUUGUGACCGAGAUUCCUUACAUUUUCAUCCAAAGCGCAGAGUUUGUGAUCAUAAUAUAUCCUAUGAUGGGUUUAUACGGAUCUGCCUAUAAAGUCUUUUGGAGUCUCUACUCAAUGUUCUGCAACUUACUCUCCUUCAACUACUUAGCAUUGUUCCUCAUCUCCAUCACUCCAAACUUCAUGCUCGCAGCUAUUCUCCAGUCUCUUUUCUUCGUUGCUUUCAACCUUUUUGCUGGAUUCUUGAUUCCACUACCGCAAAUACCAAAGUGGUGGGUGUGGCUUUACUAUCUAACACCUCCCUCUUGGAGUCUCAAUGUGUUUUUCUCGUCUCAGUACGGUGAUAUUCAUCAAGAGAUCAAUGCAUUUGGAGAAACCACGACCGUGGCGAGAUUCUUAGAGGACUAUUUUGGAUUCCAUUAUGAUCGUUUGAUGACUUCAGCCAUUAUUCUCAUAGCGUUUCCAGUUGCAUUGGCUUCUAUGUUUGCUUUCUUUGUUGCCAAACUCAACUUUCAGAAACGAUGAUCCAUCACACACCAACCAAAGGUUUGAAACACCAAAGGGUAGUUUACAAAUUACUGUAUGGACAUGCACGUAUUCGUUGUCACACUAUUUGUAAACACUAAACAAAUGCAAAAUUUAUUUAUAAAAUCAUAAGAAAGUUGGAUAUA